AUGGAUUCGGGGGAUGGAAUGGUACUGGAAAUGUUUAAAAUAAUAGCCAGCAACGUCAAUGUGAAACUAAACUUUAUGUUACUCAACUUCAAUGAUAAUUUUGGCAAAUUGUACGAGAAUGGGAGUUAUGAUGGUUUAGUAACGAACGUGAUGACUGGAAAAGUCGAUUUACAAGCGGCUAUAUAUCCCCCUUUUGGAUAUGAAUUUCAAUACGUAGACAUUUGUGGUUGGGUAAUGGAAGAUACUGAUGGUAAUAUAAUAGCAAUGAAUUUAAAACCGAGAAGUUUAUUCGUAUUAACUACAUCUGUGUUCAUCAUAUUUUUGUUAAUUAUGGCGACAGUAGCGUUCGUGUUUUACAUCAUCCAAAAAUUGUAUCCAGGAAGCUACAACACCUCAUCUUUGAUACUCACAUUAAGGAUAUUCCUGGAAGGUUCCUCUCCUGUGAAACUUCCAUCACUCUCAUUUCGAUUAAUAUUUAUAUUUUAUCUAUUUUACUCACUGAUUAUUUCCACCGUUAUCAAAAGCAAAUUGUUCGAUUCGCUCAAUUCCGACAAAUCCACCGAAAUGAUACGAACACAAGAAGAUGUCAUGGAGCACCACAUUAAAAUGUGUAUCAAUCAAAAUAUGCUGGAUUACGCAUUUAGGAGUGGUAGUACUUUCGACGAGUACCUAAGGUCGCACACGGUCGUAAGGAACUCUACAUUCGAAUGCCACGAAUUGGCGGCCUCUGAUAAAACAGUCAUCAGCGAAAACUUGUCCAGAACCAUGAAAUUUCUGAUCCCGAUUUUUUUCACCGACGAUGAGGGGAAAUCGCUGGUGAAUUUUCUUUCGUUCAACAGCGGCGUUAAAUAUUACAACACGUAUUUCAAAAAAGGACACCCUUUAACGGACGUUUUUAAUAUGAAACUUCACCAAUUGAGAGCUUCGGGAAUCGUCGAGCAAUUUUACAAGCUGAGCGAUAUCGAAAAUGAUAAAGCGACCGCUUUAGCACAAACAAAUAUGCUAUUUCUAUUUAACGAUAAUUACGGCAAGAUGUACGAGAAUGGAAGCUUUGAUGGUUUACUAACAAGCGUGAUGACUGGAAAAGUCGAUUUACUAGCGGCCAUAUAUCCCACUUUUGGGCACGAAUUUCAAUUCGCAGACCCUUGUGGUUGGAUCGUAGAAGAUAGCUUGAUUAUCAAAAGCAAAUUGUUCGAUUCGCUCAAUUCCGACAAAUCUACCGAAAUGAUACGAACACAAGAAGAUGUCAUGGAGCACCACAUUCAAUCGUGCCACUCCAUAAAAGCCAUGGAAUACGAGGCUUUGACUAAUAGCACUUACGACAAAUAUGUGAGAGCGAAUUUGAUUAUUAUGAACACCACUUUAAAAUGCCACGAAUUGUCGGCCUCUAACAAAUCUGUAAUCAGCGAAAACUUGUCCAGACCUCUGAAAUAUGUGAUCCCUAUUUUAUACAUCGACGACGAAGGGAAGUCACUGGUGAACUAUUUCUCGUUCAAAACCGAGAUGAGAUAUUUCUAUUCGUAUUUUAAAAAGGGCCACCCUUUGACAGACGUUUUUAACAGGAAAGUUCAUCAGUUGAGAGCUUCUGGAAUCGUCGAGCAAUUUUACAAGCUGAGCGAUAUCGAAAAUGAUAAAGCGACUGCUUUAGCACAAACAAAUACGCCAUUUCUAGUUAAAGCUCUCACUUUUGAAAAGUUGAAGAAUGUCUUCAUUUAUUAUUUAGUGGGUAUUGCUAUAAGUAUCAUCAUAUUUGCAUUAGAAAUUAUCAAAGCAAAUUAUAGAUCACAGGCACUUCAAUAA